UUAACAUUCGGCUGCUUUUGACUAGCACAUCCACAAAGACACCUAGAAGCCUUCUCAAGUAACAAAAUGAGUAGGCCCAAAAGGCCGAAAACAAAACAAUACAGUUAACGUUCUUUCAUGUCGUUUGGGGAAUUCAAAUGCUAUCUGCGCUUGAAACAACCAACAAGUGACAAAAGCCAGUCCGCGUAACCUGGUCGUUCUGUCGUUUAUGUCGCAAAUUUAAGUAAAAUCGGCGCUUCAAUUUCCUCAGCUCACUCAACAUGGAUUCCUCCAUGCCCGAAAACCUCGAUGAGUACUCAGCAUCCACAACCACCAUCAAAUUCGAUUACCCAAUCCCUCUUCUCCGUGGCCCCAUACUCGCCGGCCCAUCCGACGAUCCAUCAUCCGGUCCGUACGUUCUCGCUUUCAGAAACCCCCAAUCCUGGGCCGCGGCCUACAAGAUCUGUGAGUCCAGAAUUAUCGAGCAGUGCGAAGGCGGAGCAAGGAUUGGUUGCGCCAUAAGCGCGUCAGAGAAGUGUAAGCCUCCGUGGUGGCACAAUUUGAUUGGAAGGAAAUUACCCGACUUGAAGGAGAGAGAGAGAUGCGAGGAACGCGAAAUGGAAGGCUGUUUGGCUGCAGCGAAAGAGAAGUGCGUGGGAUUCGCUAAGGAUAAGUGUUCAACGCCGUUCAGGGAGGCGAGAAUUGCAGUUGGAGAAGGGGCGGUGGGGAAGAAGACGAUGAGGAAAUUAGUGUGUUUGGUAUCAAUGCCGCAGAGGAGCAAAUGGGUUAGUUUGCUUGGGUUUAACAAGUGUGAGUUUGGAAUUACAAAUUGUAAGGCUAGUGAGUUACUGGGCCCUGAUCCAAACUAUGAAUGAUUUUUUAAGCAUAAGGUAGUUGCAGAAGAAAGUAAAAGUGAUGGUAGUAGCUAUGGCCAUUUUAAAGAGGUAUGUCUUGUCAAACUUAACUUGUUAUUUAUGUAGAAAAUCUUAUUGAUGCCAAGCAUGCUGAAACGAAGAAUGUUUAAUUUUGAUAUUCGAUGGCAGAGCUUCUUGGAUUUGAUUAAUUGAAUCAAAGUCUACCAGAAAUUGGUUAAAUUCUAGAAA